UUGAUAAUAAAAGCAAUAAUACAAAUAUGUAUUUCCAAUUUAAAAAACUAAAAUGUUUAAAUCCUCAAUAAAUUACCAGGUCUAUCAAUUCCUACAAACAAACACCUUGCCCCAAAUAAAUACCCUUUUUUUCUUAACAUGAAAUGAGCAGUUCUCGAUGAAUCUUCCUCUCCUGUCACACGAGCAUUUAUCAAAAACCAAAAUAAAUGCCUUACUCAAAUAAAUACUUAAUUCAAACAGUAUUACUAAUGGCUGACAGUUGACAAAAUCCUCCCAGCUGUUCUGUCCGACUCAUUAAAGCAUUUGUGGGGAACGUUUCUGGUUUAUGAAUUAAUUUUCCACCUCAAACUUUUUGAGUGCUCAACUCUGAAAUGUUUGAAGCAGUGAGUCACAGGUUGAAUAUACCCAACACCCACACCUGUUUCCUGUAUCAUAAAGACUGGGUGGAACUUGGACCACUGCAGUUGUGCAAUCAAUGAGUUUGAUGCUUUGAAGUAGUGUUCUAGUACUAGCAGUAGUACUAUGACAGUGAGAGUUAACCGGAUACUACUGGUUGUGUGAGUAGAAAGUAUUCAGGUUAAAAGUGGCUCGCAGUCUGUGGACGUCCUCCAUAAAAAGAGCAGACCUCCCUCCUCCGUCUGGGUCUUCCCCUAUUUUGCACUUCUCCUCAUUGCCUGGCCACACGGCACUCUGACUCCUCCAGUCAUGGAGACAUUUGACUCAGCUCGCUCUGCACUGUCAUCAUCAUCAUCAUCAUCAUCAUCAUCAAGCCCAGCGUGGUCUCCAGAGAAGACCAUGAGGAGGACAGUUGUGGCUUCACGACAACAACUGUGACAGACAUCUUCAGACGCUCGACAUGAACGCCACUUCUCAACCUCCGGACAUCCUGAAAGCAGCAGGCUCGGCGAACGCCACGAUGGCGUCCAACAGGACGGCGUGCGUUAAGAUAACCGACAGCACCGUCAGCGACCUCCUGAUGACCACAUACAUCGUGGCCUUCAUCUUGGGCUUGACCUUCAACGUCCUCACCGUGAGUCCCAUCUGGCAACAGGUGCGCAAGGAAAACGUGCUGGGCAUCUUCCUGCUGAGCCUGUCGCUGUCGGACAUGUUGUUCGUCUUCACCUUGCCGCUGUGGAUCAACUACUACCACCAGGACCACCACUGGAAGCUGGGCGUCACGUCCUGCAGCGUCGUGGGCUUCUUCUACUACUCCAACAUGUACAUCAGCAUCCUCCUGCUCUGCUGCAUCUCCGUGGACCGCUGCCUGGUGGUCACCUACCCGCUGCGCUCCAAGACCCACCGGACGUCAAGCUGCGCCUGGGCCCAGUGCGCCGCCGUCUUCGUGGCGGUGAUGGCGCUGCACGUGUUCGUGCUGGUCAACGACAACCUCGCCGACGCCCACGACGACGCGUACAACAACGACAGGUGUUACGAGACCUACCCCAUGCAGGAACGUAUCGCCUUAUUCAACCUGGUGCGCGUGGGCGCGGGCUUCUUGAUCCCCCUGCUGGUGUUGGCCGUCAGUUACUGGAGGGUGCUCGCCACCGUGGCGCAGAGUCCCGGCUUGAACGCGCAGGUCAAGAGAAAAGUCCGCCUUCUCUGUUUCGGCGUGAUCGGCAUCUUCUCCUUGUGCUUCGCGCCGUACCACGUUCUCCUCCUGGUGCGCUCGCUCGUCUUCUACACCCACGACCACGCCAGUUACUGCCAGUUCGAGCAGAAGAUGCACUUUGCUUUCUCCUGCACGCUGGCCUUGUCGAGCCUGAACUGCGUGAUGGACCCCGUGCUCUACAUGCUGGCCAGCAACGGCGUGCAGGAGAAGGUGAAAAUGUGCUGCAACCGGCAUAAAAGGACAGAAGCGGAAGAGUGCGCUCUGGCCGACCACCGCCGAGGAAAGACCAACAACAAUUUAAUCUGAAUGUCUGCAGGAUAAGGAUUAUUUACUAGCUUUAUCAGCCACAUAAUCACAUCCUUGAUGUCGCCAUAUUUGUCCGCAGCUCUCAUAUCCUGCGCAGUGGAGAAGACAAGGAUCACCCAGUGGUCAUUUGCCUGACAUGUUGCAUAUUGGCAGCGUCUGUGGAUUGCAUGGUGAUAAGGAACAAUCGUCCUUCUAUAACAGAAGUAUAAAGGAUGCAGGGGCCGCUUGGGUCCAUUUUGGACAUUACAGGGGAACUGCACUUUUGCCUAUGCUUCACAAUCAUUAUGAAAGCCAUAACGACAGAUGGAUUUUUAAUGCAUUCUAAAUUUUAAAUAAAUGCGAUCAAAGGUCCACUUUAGUGUUGUCCCGAUACCAAAAUUAUUUCGAUACUUUUCUAAAUAAAGGGGACCACAAAAAAAUUGCAUUAAUGGCUUUAUUUUAACAAAAAAUCUUAGGGUCGAUUAAACAUAUGUUUCUUAUUGCAAGUUUGUCCUUUAA